AUGAUUCAUUUCCUGGCGCUUUUUAGUCGCCAGGGUAAAGUGAGGUUGCAAAAAUGGUUUAUCUCAUACACUGAAAAGGAGAAGAAGUCGAUUUUGCGGGAAGUUAUGAAUUUAGUUCUUGCUCGCAAACCUAAGAUGUCCUCUUUCCUUGAGUGGAAGGACAUGAAAUUGGUGUACCGGAGGUAUGACCGGCAGCCUAUGAUGUCCCUCCUUAGGUACGCUAGUCUCUACUUCCUUUGUGCGAUUGAGCCCGAGGACAACGAACUUUUAACGUUGGAGAUUAUCCAUCGCUAUGUUGAAAUACUCGACAAGUACUUUGGAAAUGUGUGUGAACUCGACAUAAUUUUCCACUUUGAAAAAGCGUAUUUCGUACUCGACGAGUACCUUUUCGCAGGUGAAGUCGAGGAAACAGGCUACCGGAGUAUAAUGGCAGCUGUUGAUGCCCAAGAUAUGCUCCAAGAAGAUGAAGUUCCGCAGAGCUUCUUUGAGGACCAGAGCUUAAAUUGA